GCUGUUCUCUUUCACUCUCCUAUCCAUUUGUGCAGCUUGCAUAGAGUUUGUGACUUCCUUCAUGUCAAAAGAUUUCUGCUUCCAAACGAACAAAUGAACAAAAGGAUUAAUUUAUGUUAAAAGUUUUGAAGAACGCUGAUUAUGAUGAAGAUGGACCUAGCAAAUGAAAUUGGAAGACAAAACACUGGUAUUAAGAAUGUGACAAUCCUGUCAAUGAACAGCACCAAAUGUUCCAGUGUUCAUGUUCCAGAGGUGGUGUACUUAACUGUUUCCACUGUUGGGCUCCUGGAAAAUCUGCUGGUGCUCCUAGCUGUGAUAAAAAAUAAAAAUCUUCACUUACCCAUGUACUUUUUCAUUUGUAGCUUGGCCGUCUCAGAUAUGUUGUUCAGUCUGUACAAAAUUCUUGAGACCAUCAUAAUCAUUUUGGCCAACAUUGGUUAUCUGGAUCGAAACGGGCCUUUCGAAAAAAAGAUGGAUGAUGUUAUGGACUGGAUCUUUGUUCUUUCAUUACUUGGGUCAAUCUUUAGCAUAUCUGCCAUUGCAGCUGACAGAUACAUUACUGUUUUUCAUGCCCUGCAUUACCAUAAUAUUAUGACUGUAAAAAGAGCUUCAGUCAUAUUAGCAAUAAUCUGGACCUUUUGUGGAGGAAGCGGAAUAGCUAUAAUUAUGCUUUUUCACGAUACUGCAACAAUAAUAUGUCUCACGGUUAUGUUUCUUUUAUUGUUAGUUUUGAUCGUUUGUCUUUACAUCCACAUGUUUCUUCUAGCUCGAUCACAUGCCAAAAAAAUUGCAUCUUUAUCUGGACAAUGGAAUUCAGUUCAGCAACGGGCUAACAUUAAUGGGGCUAUUACUCUGACCAUUUUACUUGGACUAUUUAUUUGCUGUUGGUCCCCAUUUGUUCUGCAUCUUCUUUUAUAUGUAUUGUGCCGAUAUAAUCCAUACUGUGCCUGUUACUUGUCCAUUUUAAAUGUAAAUGGUACACUUAUAUUAUUUAGUUCCGUUAUCGACCCUUUAAUUUAUGCUUUUCGCAGCCCUGAAUUACGCAAUACCUUUAAGAAAAUGUUAUGUUGUUGGAUGAGAAGGUAAAUAAGAAUAUAAUAGGUGUAUGUCAAACAUGACAUGGUAUGUCUUUAAACUCUUUUAAAUACACUGAAAUCUGCAUCUGGUUUAGAACAAUUAUGUAAAUAGUACACCCCUUCUAAGCGUUUCCAUAGCAGCUCCUUUGCUUUUACAGGAAAAAAAUAUAUAUAAAGGUAUUGAUCAGUCAUACAAUGUAAUCUAUUUUAUCUUUUUGUAUAGACUUACUCAGAGUUUAGAAUUCAUUGAAUUAAAUCAAUAUUUUCAUUCUGAGGAUACAUAAUGGGCAAAAAUACAGUAUAUAAUAAAGGCUGGGUUAAUAAAAACUAAUUAUGUAGUUAUCCACUUCAUCUGUGAAACCUGAAUGCAUAUUAUGUGAAGUGGAUAAACCAAGUUGGAAGCAGAUGCACUGGAGAUGGAAUAUGUAAAUAGGCUGGAAAGACUGAUUGCGUUUAAUAGUACUUUCAGCAAAGAAACAGAUAUUGCAUAGUUAUCAAGCAAUCAAGAAGCCUUCUAGGGAUCUAAACAAUAACUAUUAUUAUUAUAAGGGUCCUCAUUAUACCCAAUAGCAAAACUAUGGCAUAAGGAGAUAUUGUUUUCAAUUCCUAAUUAAAGGUAAUCAACAAUAUAAUGACUUUUCGAUUGUAAAAGUUUACCAUGGCUGACUUUAAUUUGUAGUAAUGUGUUUGUUCUAUCAGUUAAAACAAAAUUAAAAAAUUAUCUUUA